GCGCCGCCUCCCUGACGUCUCGCUCCGGGAUUUGCACGGGUUGCGGUGCCGCGGCGGCCGGGGCUCAGUGUCUGUCGGGUCGGGCGAGCGGGAGCUGCCGGAGCUGCAGCUCGGUUGCAAGGGCAGCCGCGGACCCCCCCUUCCCUUUCCCCUCCGUCCCCUCCCGGGGCCGGUCCUUCCCGGCUGCAGCAUGGAGCUGCCGGCGGUGGGAGAGCACGUCUUCGCGGUGGAAAGCAUCGAGAAGAAGCGGAUCCGAAAGGGCAGAGUCGAAUACCUGGUGAAAUGGAGGGGGUGGUCGCCUAAAUAUAACACGUGGGAGCCGGAGGAGAACAUCUUGGACCCCCGGCUGCUCAUCGCCUUCCAGAACAGGGAGCGACAGGAGCAGCUGAUGGGAUACCGCAAGCGGGGGCCCAAGCCAAAGCCGCUGGUCGUGCAGCUUCCCUCCUUCGCCCGCCGCUCGAACAUCCUCACGGGGCUGCAGGACCCUGCCGUGGACAACAGGCCGAAGCUGGAUCUCAGCUCCUCCGGCAAGAGCCAGCAGCACCAGUAUGAACUCAACAGCAAGAAGCACCACCAGUACCAGCCCAACGGCAAGGAGAGCGGCAUGAAGCACCAGUCCCACAGCAAAGGGAAGUAUUACUACCAGCUGAACAGCAAGAAGCACCACCACUACCAGCCGGACCCCAAGAUGUACGAGCCCCAUUACCAGCCCAGCAGCAAGGAGCCACAGAGCCAGACCUGCUUGGACAGUAACAAGAGCACCUUGGUCACCCACCCGGACAAGUGGGCUCAUGGCCCAGCCAAAAACCUGCUGAGCCCGGUCAAGAACCUCGCUGCAGAGAGCAAGAAUGGGGCUGAGAAGAACCUGUCCAGCGGUACCGGGCCUCCGCCAAGGGACAGGGUGACCAGCAAUGGCCUUGGGGGCAAGAUGAAGAUCGUCAAGAACAAAAACAAGAACGGGCGCAUUGUGAUCGUCAUGAGCAAGUACAUGGAGAAUGGGAUGCAGGCCGUGAAGAUCAAGUCCGGGGAGCCACCCCGGAAGCGGGCUGCAGAGGAGAGGACUCCUAAAAAGGGUGGGGAGGAGAAGCUGGAGGCUUGGAGGAAGCCGGGGGUGGGCAGCAACUCCCUGAGCAAAGCAGAGGGCGAGGGCCGGCAGCCUCCCACGGAGCUUGAGGAAAGUUCUCGAAAGACUCCCCUGGCCAAGGAGCUGCCCCUCCCUCCGGCCGAGCAGCCCCUGCAACUCACCACCAAGCCAGACCUCGUGCCCUGGUCCCUGAGUCCCAUCUGUGAGCACAGCCCUUCCUCCAUGGGACUGAACCUCUCCAACCCCAGCUCACGGAAGCGCUGCCUUUCGGAGCCGCACGUGGAGCGGGAGCCAGGCAAGAAGCGCUUGACCUCCCGGAGCAUCAGUGCCCCCACCUGCCUCAGCCCCCCGGCCCCUGAGCGGCCAGAGCCGCCCACCCCAACCCAGCCGGAGGUCAUCCUGCUGGAUUCGGACCUGGAUGAACCCAUAGAUUUGCGCUGUGUGAAACCGCGGGCGGAGGGCGAGCUGGCCCUGGCGGAGGUGAAGCCGGAGGUGCCACCAGUGCCAACCGAGAAACCGGUCGAGGAGCCUCCACAGCCCCAGGAGGCUGCAGAGGAGGAGGAGGAGGAGGCCGAAUCCCUGCAGGAAUUCAAGCCCUUCUUUGGGAAUAUAAUUAUCACAGACGUGACCGCAAACUGCCUGACCGUGACCUUCAAGGAGUACGUGACGGUGUGAGGUGGGAUAGCAGCUGCUCCCCAUGGGAGCUGCCUGCCCGUCCUGGGGUCACCAGCCCCACAGCCUCCCCCUAAGGUACUGGUGCCCCUUCCCUGGAGCCUAUGUGCCCCCUGCCCGUGCCACAGCGGCCGAGCCUGCCGUCUCCGCCGAGGGGAUGCCGGGGCAGGACCAGGCAUGGUGGCCAUCCCUGCCACGCAGGGUGUCCUUGCCGCUGCUCCUGCUUUGCAGCCAGGGGCUGCCCCGGGACCUGUAGGUGCCGGGACAGGCGAGAACGGGGCCCGCCAGUUACUCAGAGUUAUAGUAUUAUAUUUUAACAGUGCUAACUUGUCGAGUGAUUCUUGCUCCCGUUUGUACGUGGUGUUCUUGAAAUGUAUUGUUUGAGCUGAAAGCUGGUCGCUCUUGGGCCACGCUAAUAUAUUUAUUUGUAGGUAUUUAUAUAAUGAAAUAUAAAGCCUAGAUUUAUGGAGUCCCUAGAUCACCUUAUAAACUAUAUCAAAUGAAUAUUUUCUGUUCUCCUUUUUAACCAUUCAGCUUUUGUUAGUCUCGUCCCCUUGCCCUCCUUAUGACCUGCAGGACCAUCCCUGGUAUAUAUUUUUUGAUACUGUACACAUGUGGUGUUUCUAUGUGCAAAAAAAAAAAAAAAAAAUCGUUAUCUAAAGCUAAACAAGCUAUAUAGAAAUUGCUGCUAUUAGAAAUGUCUAAACUAUAAGCUUCCAAUUAUUAAUUGCUUGAAUGUAAAUAUUAAAUGGAGAUGUUGAAAGUGCAUUUGAUGUUCCGCAGCUAGUGUAGAUCGGAUUGCAAAGCCCAGCUGCUGGGAGGUGGAGCGCGAGCUGCCAGCAGCGCUUCCUGGUCCGAGGGCUGUGUCACGGGGGAAGAAAUGUAUCAUGCAAUCAUGGCAAAGGACUAUAAACCUUUACAAAAACUAUAUCAGGAUUUGGAGUGCAUUUGUUACCGCAUAUGGAUGGUGCAGAAGGUGUCCCUGUGCGGGCAGGCUGGGGUGCUCUGGAGCAGGUGCUUGCAGGUUAAAAUCAGCUCUGAGGUGCAGUGUAUUGAACACAGUUCUGAGUUUUCCCCCAAAUUACAGAUGAGAGCGUGUUGCCCGCAGUGUGUAAGGGCAUCCCGUUUUCUCCCGUGCUGCCCAAGUGGGCAACAAGGUCAUAGGAGCCGGUGGUUCGAUGUUUCCCUCUCCCCAUAGUGCUGAGGCAGCGCUGGGCUUCUCCAAAGCAAAAUGGGCUGUGUGAGAUCUGGAAGGCUUCUGGGAGCACAGGCUGGGAAGGUGGCGGCAGUGGAUGGGGGAUUGCUAGGUCUGAGCCUGGUGCCGCCACCCCAGCAGCAUAAUCCCUGGUGCUGGGGAACAUCAUGACUAGACAAGAACUUUUCCAGAAAGCAGCAUAGUCCAGAUUCCACAAAAAAAAAAAAAAAAAAGCCUGUAGACAUCUCUGAACUAGAUUAAUAAUUGCUGGAGUCCACCGAAAAUAACAGUGCAGGGCUAAUUCUUUACAAAAUGGCUCACACCAAACGUGGCAGCAUAGCAGCGUGCCCGUGGAGCCCAUCUGCAGGCAGCUUGAGACACUGUGCUCUGUCCCCGCUCCCGGAGGGACUCCCUAUAACAUUCCCAAGCAGAGUUGAGUGCUCGCACAGGAACUGCCCUCUGAAUCUUCUGCUUGCCACGCUGACUCAGUUGCCAUCCCAUCUUGGGCUUUUCUUGAAGUUCAUUUCUCUUCCAGAAAAGGUUUUUAGUUGCAAUAUUAUGGUUGAUGGUACAUUAAUGUGUGUGGACAAGAACCUCAAGCUUGUGAGAAGCCAAAUCAGUUGGUUUGGGUAAGCUGGACCCUGCAGCCAUAAUGGAGCUGCCUGAAGGGAUGGAUGAGCUGCCCCUGCUGCACGCGAGAGCGCACGGUGUCCCACUUGUUGGCCCACCUCAUCUCCCCAGGCUUCAUUUUAUUGAAAUAAAUUCAAAAGUCAGCGUGGCCACUGUUCUUUUGUAAAUUCUGAGGAUUAUGUGGCAUCUGCAGAAAGGUGGGUAGCAUCCAGCCAGGUGUCAUCUGCUGGGGCUUGUUCACAGUGAGAACAACUCUGUCAGCGGUGUCAGCCCAGGUCUUGCCUAUAGAUGUUCCCGUGCCAGAGCCACAGCGCUUUUCUGAGGCAGCUUGGGUUAAAUCAGAGGAAAAACAACCAUUCAGUGUGUGGAUGCCAUUAGCUCCACUGGGACAGCUGUGGAGGCUUGUAUCCAAGUGGAACAAUCUCGACUGCGGACGCCGUUGUUGCAGACGUUGGUUUUGGUCUGGUGUAGCUCAAGUCUGCUACUCAGCAUGCUCAUGCCGCGGUGGGAAUGGCUACUGGGAGCUCACAGCAGAAAGAUGCCUCCAACCCAGCUGUUUGGUCAAACUUCUUGGUGUGAAUGAGGUCGAUUCUGACAGCUGGGUUCAUUUCUUCUUUCAGUUGAUGCUCCAAAGUCAAGGAGAACUCGUGCAAUAUGUUUAGUGCAAUAUGUUUAGUGCCUGUGAUUAUUACCUGCCUGCAAGGGGACCCCAAAAUGUGAUUGUAUGUGCGCGGAGAGCAAGUGGAAAUAGGUGAAUUAAAAGUGAUUAAAAUCCACGUUUUGCCUGUUAGCUGUGUUGAAUAUUGAAAGAGUUGUAACCAACUCAACAUGUUACUGGGGCUGUGCAGGUGAAUGGCAGAGGCAGCAGUGGCCAAGGGUGCUGGGGACUGGGUGUCGGGGGCAGGUGAACCCCGGUCCAUGCAGAGGUUGCUUUAGUGGGAAGCAUUUCCCUGCCCAUCCCAGCCUUAGCUGGCAGAGCAGACAAUCAGAAAUGAUGCAUUUCCCUUGAUUAAUUAAGCUAAUGGUUAUCUGAAAACAAAAAUGGCAAGGAAGAGGAGGCGCAUGCUCAGAAUGCGAAAUGUGAUUUAUGAAAGGGGAAGUGCCGCUCCGACAGACAGCGCAGGAGCCAGCCGAGGAGCGGGGCUGGGCAGGCAGCUCGCUCUGGGGCAGAGGCUCUGCCACAGGAGAACUUCUUUAACCCAGGCAAGGGUAGAUGAAACCAGCGGGGUUUCUCACAGAUAGUAGGAUGUGUCUUUUAAACGUGGGCUCCUGGCUGAAGCCUGAGCAUCGCUGCUGCUGUUGUGAGCCGGGCCGGCAGCUUCCUUCUUGGGUCUGUAGGUGUGGGAGACUCUUGGCAAUCAAUAACUGUUUGCAGGUUUACAGUUAGCUUAGCUCAUUAACAUCUUAAAAAAUGGAUUGCAUUGUGUUGCCCAUUUUUAAGGAAACAAUGUUCCUCUGUGUGUGUGCUUUCUGAGCUUCCUUUCCCUACGCCCACCGCCGCUCCAUGAGCCAUGGAAGCACCUAAAAUAUUGUCUCUGCUGGCAGUAGCUGUGGUUCCUUUGAGGCAACGUUUCCCGGAAACCACAUAGCCAGAUAUUUCUUAGUUUAAUAGUUUGAUCAUGUUUAUCACAACUCCAGCAGCUUCCUGUGCAGUGAAAGGUGUGAUAAGUAGUUACUGGUUUAAAAGAUACACCCUCCCCUUGCUUUGUGCCAAUUGGCUGGGAGGGAUUAAGUGUUUAGGGUAUGAAUUACUUAUUCAUUACCCUCUCAUUCCCUAUUAAGUGCAUCAAACCUAAAUGCCUGUUGCUGAACAAAUUAAUGUAGAGUCCACUAUGACUUCCAAUGGUUAUCGAAGUGAUCCGGGACAAGACGGAGCGUCACCACGCUCCAUUAGGAAGACUGCUGUGCGCUGCGUGUAAUGUAUUUCCCAGGAAUGCGUUAACCUCUGCUUGGUUUGGAUAUAUUCCAGACAAACAUUUGCUGAUUUAAAAGGAGAAUUUGUGUUAGUAGUUUAGCUCUUCUGAAAGGGUCUGAUGCAUCCAUCUACACAGGGCUGUGCUGAAAGGAGGGAUCUCAAAUUUGCACCGUAAAGCUGCUUUCAGGUUUCCCCCACCAUGAGCCUGUCUGCACUGGUCCAGCCACCAGCUCUCCCUCACUGAGCUCCGUCUCCAGUGAUUGCUGUGGCCCUAUGUGAUUUCAGCAGGCGCUGGUGUGGUUGGAACAGGCUCCACAGGAGGUGACAGAAACACCGUCCCCAGGCAAUGGCCACGGGGCAGCUGGCAGCACGAGCCCUGGGGCUUGGUAGAAGAGGUUGCAUCUCUGGAAUGAGGAUGCUGCUAAGGAGGAAGACGUGAACACAUGAUAUGGAGCUGAUGUCUUUUAAUCAGAAUGAGAAACAGCCUCCUGAGGGUUGGAAGACUUCCAGAUCUAGACUGGGAAUGUGAGAGGAGCUCCUUUCUGGAGCAGAGGUAGGAGGUGUGAGCUGCGGUAUGUGAUGGAAACUGGAGGAUUUCCUAGGCUGCUGGGGUGCUCUGUGCUUUUGCUCUGACGUGGGUGGGGGCAGCUCCUCCAGGCAGUCAUUGCAGGCAUUUUGUAGGGUUUUUAGUUUAUUUUUCCCAUUCUCUAUCAUUUCACUAUGCGAUGUCAGUCACCGACUGUAUGACCUUGCUGAAUGUGGUGGCCUCAGCAUCUCUACCCCAUUGGAGAAGCCUGCAACAAGAUAAAGCAUUCAUGGUCACGUUGUGGGGGGGAGAAAGCACACUGUUCAGGAUACAUUUUUCCAGGCUGGUCCCCUUGAGCACGGUGGGGCCGUACAGCUCGGUGAUGCACGUGUUGGCUGCUAUAAACCGUUUUGAUUAAACUUGUGUCCAACAGGACUGGUCCAGUGGCAGAGGCUUGCUGUGGAGGUGUUUUGCUGGAUUUCCACUGGACUGGUGUCCCUCUGUCUGGGAGAGUGGCUGCAAGAGGGUGCAGCCAAGGUGCACCCCCUCCUGCUGAAUUGGAGCUGGGUAAGGGGAACAGCGAGGGGCUUUCUCCUGGUUCUGCCCCAUCCCUGAGCCCCCUUGCCUCCCCCAUCCCGUGGGGCCGCCUCUGGUUUGAACAGUCAAAAAAUGUCUGGCGGUAGGAAAUCCUCAGCCUUCUCUGCAGAUAAGAUCAUUUGGAUUCAGCCCAGAUUCAUACAAGAUCUGUGUCGGGAGGAGGCGACUGCAAGGACACUGCUCUGUUUACUUUUGUACCAGAAGAGGAAAAAGGCUCCACAGUGCCGGGCACAGCCCAGAACAUCUCCCAGCACUCCCAGAGCCUUAGCAAGCAUCUCCCAAGGGUCCCCUGCACAUGGAAAAGCUCCUACCUGCACCCUGGGCUUAGAAGAAUCCCAUUAAAAGCAAAACAAAGCAGCUCACUCAUUCACAAGGUGACUGCCACCAGCAAUAUCUGACCCGACCGUGGCUCAGCAGCCCAGCCCAGCAUCAGUGUGGAGAGGAAGAAUGAUUGUGUGAGCAAGUGUUGGAUGGAGAAGAUGAGGUCUCAGCUCCUGGGCCAGGGAGGAACCAGCACUCCCAGGAAGGGACCCCCUGAUCGCUGCAGGGACAGACAGGGGAUGGGGACAGGGCUGGAUGACAUGGGAGAGGAGCUGUGGUCGCUGCGGCUGGGCACUGUGCAGGCUGCAAGGGGGGACAGGGAGGAGAGAAGGUAGUGGUGGUAGAGCUGCUGAUAUCCAUCCCCGGGUCUGUGCUGGUGCAUGAAGUCUCAUGGGUGCUGAAGGGGGGUUACUGCAUGACGGACAUUUGGGUGCAAACAGGAGGCAAACAAGAGGCUCUGUAAUGAUGAAAGUUUGGGGCGGGGGCUGAACGUGGCCAGGGUCUCCUUUUCGCAGGCUGGGACCUGACAGUGCUUCCUGUGGUAGGGUGAGAUCCCAGGCUCACCCGGGAGCAAUUUGCUGGCACCUCCUGAAGUCGUAUCUCAGAGGGAGCCGUCAGUUCAGCUGACACCGUGAUGUAGUUUAGAGCAAACUGCAAACAUGAAGAUUUAUUUUUAUCGGACAAGCAGGCAUAUAAAACACGCCGUGCAAUGCAGUGCAGCCUGGUAGGAAGCACCCUGAAUCCCAGGAGUUGUGGCUUCAGCACGCCAGGCUGUGUGCCAUCCCUGGACCACCCUGCUGACAGUAGGCGUUAGGGGUGAGGAGAGAAGGAAUCUUCAUUGCCAACUUCCAAACCCUCCAGGAUCGCUGUCAUACACCAGGAUCCUUUUGUGAGGGAUGGUACUGGCACCAGUUGGGAGGACAGAUGUUGACCCAGCCAAGUCUAGAGAAGAGAAAGCUCCAGGGAGAGCUUAGAGCAGCUUCUAGUAUUGAAAGGGGCUAUAGGAAAGCUGGGGAGGGGUUCGUUAUCAGGGGGUGCAGGCACAGGACCAGGAGGGCUGCUGUAAGCUGAAGGACAAGAGAUUGAGAUAAGGCAUUAGGAAGAAAUUCUUCACCAUGAGGGUGGGAAGGCCCUGGCCCAAGUUGCCCCGAGGAGGAGUCGUGGCUGUCCCUUCCGUGAAGGUGUUCCAGGCCAGGUUGGAUUGGGCUUUGAGCUACCUGAUCCAGUGGGAGAUGUCCCUUCCCAUGGCAGGGCGUGGAACUGGAUGGGGUUUGAGCUCCCUUGCAACCCAAAUCGUUCCAUGAUUCUAAGUUGCUGAGGCACAGCUCUGCUGGUGUUUCUGGCUCUCUGUCCCAGGGAGGUACUAGGAAGGGAGUUACAGCCACACUCCCGUUUUCCAGGGGGGUUGCACAUUGCCAUGGUCUGAGUGUGGAUACAGCUUUUCUGGUGUAAGUGCGCUUCAGUCAGAAGUGCUCGCGUAGAGCUGAGAAAGGAAAUAACCUAAACCUUUAGGUCGUAUUGCUGCUGUGCUGUAGCAGCCAGCACAGAGAAGCCUUACAAAUAUAGAAAAUAAGUUUAAAAGACUUAAAUAUUAUUAUAAAAUGCAUUAACCAGUAGCCUGACUGUAGGGUCUGACCUGACGGAGGUUUUAACAAAUGUGUUUUUAGUGUUGGAUGUAAAAACUGUGCCAAGCGGAAAUUCUCCUUGUGCCAACAUAAAGACACAUCUCCCAAUCUCCUGGGAAGCCACUGAGUUUCAUCAACAUCUGCAGAAGGGAUGAGCCUGGGAUGUACAACACAAAGAAUGGUGGUGUUCGGUAACAGCCGUGGGAUGAGCUACAGCCCAGAUCUUCCAGAGGGAUCAACCUGCCCUCAGCUGUGGAUUUGUUCAGAGAAGGGCCUGGGGUCACUCGUGUUUGCCUUGUUCCCCUCUCUCUGACACCCAGCAUGGGGACUGUGUGCCUUUUGUUUGUGAAGCACAAGAAAAGGACAACCAAGAUGACUCAAUUUUCAAAAGUUACCUCUGGGCUGAAGCUAAAUAUGGAACAUUGCCAACCACACGCUGUUCUGGGAGCAGGGGCCAGGGUGGAAAUUCAGACUCAACAUUUCCCUCCCGGCUAGUGCCGGCGGUGGUCGGGCAAGUGCAGGGAGAGAGCAUCACCUCGGGGCUGGCCAGGUGGGACCUGACUGGUCCAGCCUGUAAUAAAUGUUGGACGCCGAAUAAUUUCAAUCAGUCCUUUUUAUUAAUAAUCAAGCAAGUGGAAAGCGAGCAAAAGCAGCGCUGGGUGACAGGGGAGUCUCCGCUCCACUGCUGCCACACCCUCCAAUGUAUAUGCAGUCCUUUUAUAUAGUCCAUCUUCCGUGCAUUCAUUGCAUAUCUUCCGUGCACACCUUGCCAUUCCGCUAGGAAGCUAUUUUAUCUUGAGUAACAAUAAGCAAAGUACACUCUCCAUAUAAGGCAAGCAAAGUACACAAAUUGCAGAAGUUAUCUUAUCUUGAGCGGCACAGCAAGGUUACAUAUACUGUAUUUUUGUAAAGAAGAGUUUCCUUUCUCACACUUUGUUGAAUUUGUAUACCCUAAUAGUUUAAUUAAACAAUUUUACUUUUAACAAGCCUGGCCGUGGGGAUGCUUGGAGGUGCCAAGUGACCGCAUGGGCAUUGCCACACCAACCUCGAGGCAGGAUCUGUCCCCGGCUGCUUUAGAGAGUGAGGAAUUGAUCCUGGAGCUAGAGGAGAGGAAGAACCAGCAGGGCA